AUGACUAGUGGGCACGUGGCUCUGUUUCUGGUGCGGCCUUCUCUGGUGCGGGUCCACUUGGUUCCCCUGGCCUGGCAGUGCGAGCACACGUGUCUGCAGGACUUAAGCACCGACUCGAGAUCGGGCAAGUUCGCGCGGGCCUGGGGAGCGACUAACGGUAUUUCUUUGGAUGCAGUCGUCACCAGAUCCCCGGGUCUCUCUGAAUUACCUCUGUCGACAAGGUGGCUACGCGCCGGCGGAAACAGGGGCAACAUUGUGUCGUGGUCUUUUCCUUCGAUUCAGCGUUUUGCGUCUGUGAGUGGCCCAGAAUGGAACUUGGGGACGAGCUUGUAG